AUGAACAAUAUUAAUCAUCACGCCGAACCACUUAAUCAAAAUAACAACCAUCCCGAACUAUACGCUGCACGUCGACCUAGUGUCUCCUCUGCUACACAACCUUCACUGAUCCCUCAGAUACACUCCAGAGAUAAUCCGAGCAAGGUCAGUAAGGACAGUAAACCUCGUGAUGCUAAUGGUCGCAAGAUCAAAUUCACACCUACCAUCACCCGGAGUACCCAACAGGACCAGGCCUUACCAGCACCUACUACCAUACCUACAGGAACUGUAAUGGAACCCGUAGCUUCAUUUGUACGGCCUGAUCCCGACACAAUUAUGAUUUCAGAACCAUUGGAAAGUGUACGGCCUAAGGAGCCGACAUUACCCAAGACAUUGAAGACAAGGACACUUCGUCAAGCUUUACCCUUGAAGUAUGAUAUUGUAAGCGAUGUACUCAACCAAAAAGCCAAUAUUGAUGUAGGGGAUCUCAUCAGUGUGUCACCGCAAUUAAAGCGACAGUUAAUUUCGGGUUGUCGAAUCUGUGAUGUUUGA